CAUUAAUAGGUUAUGUUUUCAACUCAACAAAUUAAUCAUAAAUUUGAGAACAUAUGAUUCUUGUACAUAUGUGAAAUAUUUCGUUUAGACUAAUUUUGAUUUUUUAAGGUUAGGCAAAAUCUUCUCAGGAUUUCUCAUGAUAUUCAGACUCCUGUUAUUGUUUUACGUAUUUCCAAUAUUUCUGCAAGAAUGUAUAAUAGUGGAUAAACCUUUCGAAUGUGACGACAUGAUUCAAAUACUUGAGUACCAUAAUGAUUUGAGGAGCAAAGUGGCACAGGGGCGGACUAAACUGUUUGAAGCAAAGGACAUGUGGGCACUUAAAUGGGACGAUGCCUUGGCAGUUAUGGCCCAGGAUUGGGCAAAUAAAUGCACACUGAAGCCCAAUACAGGCAGGCCUAAUGAUUGUGGGGAAAACAUAGCUUGGCUAUCUUUAACCGAAGUACAACCAAUUGAUGUUGAAGCCAUAAUUGAGAUGUGGUAUGACGAAAUAAAUAAAUUCGACCCAGAAAUUAAAGGGAUUCAAGGUGGUACUGAACAUUUCACUCAGUUGAUUUGGGGCGAAACACAAUUUAUUGGUUGUGGAUCUACCAUAUUUCAGGAUAAGGAGGAUUCCAAAGUAUAUCAGGCUCUGGUGGUCUGCAAUUACAAACCGGCUGGAAACUUUGUUAACAAGCGUCUAUACGAGCUUUUAGAUAAGAAUCAUAUUGAUGAAGAAACAGGAGAACCAGUAAGGUGCGAAAAAGGAAUACCAUCCUCUAGACAUCCUGGUCUGUGUGCUCAUGACAUCGGACACGCGCUUGGAACCUAUGUCCCAUGUUCUCGCUACGGUGACAACGUACAACCUACAGCAUAUUUCUGGAUUGCUCUAUUAUUAUGCGGCUAUAUCAAUGUAUUUUUUUAACGAUCUAAAAUAAUAAAUUUGUUUAAAAUUUUAA